AGACUGAGCUCAUCACAGCGCUGUCUGUAAACUCUCCUCCUCUAAGAAUCUCUCCAGCCCGAGCUCCACUGUUCCCGGGUCCAGGCGCCGCUGGCUGGAUGUUUUACUGACAUGGUGUCCAAGCUGACCUCCCUUCAACAGGAGCUGCUGAGCGCCCUGCUGGACUCCGGCCUCACCAAGGACGCGCUGCUGCGGGCGCUGGAGGACCUGCCCCCGUGCCCGCAGGGCCUGGGCAUUAAAACCGAGCGGCCCCUUUCUCCGGUCAGCGACUGCGACUCGAAGCCGGUGCUGCUCACCCUGGGCCGAGGGAGUAAAGUGUCCGGGGACGAGGCCUCGGAGGACGGGGAGGACCGGGACACGCCGCCCAUCCUGCGGGAGCUGCAGGCGCUCGACACGGAGGAGGCGGAGCAGCAGCGCGCUCAGGUCGAGCGGAUGCUAGCUGAGGAUCCAUGGCGAGCAGCCCGCACCAUUAAGAGCUACAUGCAGCAGCACAACAUCCCACAGCGGGAGGUGGUGGACGUUACAGGACUGAAUCAGUCUCACCUCUCACAGCACCUCAAUAAAGGGACCCCCAUGAAAACAACCAAACGAGCUGCACUGUACACCUGGUACGCCCGGAAACAACAAGAAAUCAACCGACAGUUCGACCGUGUUGAGGGCUCUGACCCCAGUGACUCAGGCAGUCAGGAUCAGGUCCUGUUUUUUUUCCCAGAGUUCAACCAUCCUGGGCAGAGCAUGGGAACUGCGGGGGGUCCCGGAGCGCCGAUGGGAGAUGAAGGUGAGCCAGGCUCAAAGAGACUCAGAAGAAACCGCUUCAAAUGGGGGCCAGCGUCUCAGGAGAUCCUGUACCAGGCCUACGAGAGACAGAAGAACCCCAGCAAGGAGGAGAGAGAGGCACUGGUGGAGGAAUGCAACAGGGCUGAGUGUGUACAGAGGGGUGUGUCACCCUCUAAAGCUCACGGUCUGGGCUCUAACUUGGUCACAGAGGUUCGUGUUUAUAACUGGUUUGCAAAUCGCCGCAAAGAGGAGGCGUUCCGGCAGAAGCUGGCAAUGGACACCUAUCCUGUUCACAACCUGAACCCCUUACUGCCUCACACAGCAGCACAUCAGCAUCAUCAUCACAGCGGCACAGAAACAAAGCUCAGGUUUAGCCAACAGGGAAGCAGUGAGGUCACUUCCUCAACGGCCAUCAAUCACCACAGCAACAGCCAUUCGGUUUUACAACAGGUGUCUCCAAAUGGCCUGGACCACUGUCACAGCCUUCUAUCACCUGAAGCCAAGAUGAUCUCUGCCUCAGGUGGAGUCUUACCGCCAGUAAGCACUCUGACCAAUAUCCAUAGCCUGUCACAGUCUUCUCAUCAUCACCAGCAGGCCCAGAGCCUCAUCAUGACCCUCACCGCACAGAGCCUGAGCUCGCCUCCAUCUCAGAGCGUGCCGGUCAUUAAUAGCGUGUCCGGACUGACCACCCUGCAGCCCAUGCAGUUUCCUCACAGCUCCGGCCUCACGCCCCUCACCUCUGUUCACUCCUCACAGCAGCCCUAUUCACAUUCACACAUGUACUCCCCCAAACAAGAACCUCCUCAGUACUCCCACUCGGCUCGAUUUUCCUCUAUGGAUGCAAGCACUAUCACUCACCUGGGCUCUAAUAAGCAGUGCCCUUUGCAGGCUUGGUGAGAAUGCACACCUGUGAAAGACUUUCCUUGGCAGCUAAGCAAGAGGAGUGCCUUAUACCACCACGGUGGCCAUGGUGACCUCUCAAAAUAACCAUCAGAACAAGUGCAGUAGACGACAAAUCAAGAAUAUUGAGUAAUAUUUUGUUGUUAUUAGCAGUAUGAGAGGGCAAAGCUGUGAGAACCUGUUGGAAGAGUUGGAUGAUUGAGCGUUGUAGCAUUAAAGCCAGGCUAUUUCAGCUCAGUGCCUUUCCACUGUCCACUGAUCAGGCUUCGUUAUCUAUUGAAUGGGGCCGUCUGCAGUGCCCGUGCAGAGUUCUCAGACCCCCUACCGUGCCCCGCUAUGUGAAUCAGUGUAAAGUCCUCUAAGACGCACCUCUAUACUUUUUUCUAUGUUGUUAUUGUAGAUGGCAGAGAAUAUAGAUUAUGACCUGGUCAAGCAAGAGAAAGUAAUGGUCAAUUUAUUAUGUACAGUACCAUUUUUAAAUCAGAUGACAAACUGUGAUUAGUUCAGUCUGAUUCCUAUAUUUGAAAGCAAAUCAUUUUUUGUAUAAAGAAAAAAAUUUGGAGACAAAAGUGCCUUUUUUUAUGUAAUAGUUCAUCAAAUGUAUUUGCACAUAAUCAUGAUCAUCUGCCAGAAUGCUAAUGUGAUGUAAUGCUAACUAUUGUAGUCUCUCAGGGACUGGUUUUACACUACCCUGUUAUUUUUAAUGAAUAAUUGAGAAAAUGUUUGUUUAAGGAUGUUUUUCUCUGUGUAAAUUCAGGAAUUGCUGUAAUCAUAUUUAUACUACUGUAAAACGUUGUGUAUAUUGAAAUUAUUUUUAAAGGAUGUCAUCAAAA